AUGCACCUUCUCUAUGUUUUGGUCGCCCUCAUUCUCUCAAAAGCAGCAGCUGGGGAGCCGAUACCCGAAAAGAAGUAUGAAAAUGGAAAGGAAGCAAAAUGUGAAGCUUCUAUGGAGAAAGGAAGCAUGUUCUGCAUGAUGGGAGGAUGUUACCCAUAUGGAUAUUACGAAUAUCCUGGAUAUCUUCCUUACCCCUAUUAUGUGUAUGGACCAUAUGGCUGGUGGUGGUGGUGA